AUGAGCUUGCCAAACGGCAUGAUAGGGAAAGUCAGAGUGGUCAACACCUUCAUCGACGUCGAAGAAACGGACGACGAGCAGUCAGAGUUGCCCGUGGCGGGGAUGAAGACGGAACCAGCACCGACUCUAUGGGGAGGACUGAACAGCCCACAAUCGCGUGCCAUAUAUCCAAACAGCACAGAGCAGGAGCCGGAGGUAGCCGAGGCGAGCAGGAGGGUACCAUGCCUAUUGGGUAAUGAGCCUCUUUGUGCGGAAUUCGGCGUGAAAGUGACGAUUAAGAACACUUUCAUCGACGUAAGCUCCGACGAUGACGACGACACCGCGAACCCGAUGAUGGAGAAGAUCAAGAGCGAGCCAGUCCACCCGACGCCCCUCUCCCCGGAGGGUGAUGUCCAGAAGCGCGUGUGGCAGCCCUCCUCUGAUCUCCCCACGCAGGAGGAAGCGGAGGAGGAGGAGCACGCGAAUUCCGAAGAUUCUGCGCCAACGGCAAAGGAUGGGCCAAAGGUCACAUCUCAGGUGGUGAUCGUUCCGCUCGGAGAGCGUCGGCCGGAGCAGUCCGUAGGGUCUGCGUUACAUGGCUCGGCACAAUGCAAGCCAUGUUCCUGGUUCUGGCGCCCCCAGGGCUGCUUUAACUCUGCAGAAUGUGCCCACUGCCACAUGUGCCUGCCCGGGGAGCUCAAAAGGCUCAAGAAGGCCAAGCAGCAGGCGAUGCGUGCACGGGCUCAGCAGCGUGCUCAGCUUGAGGAAGCAGAUAAUCCUGCUUCUCUGGUAAGCAAAGCUUAG